AUGAAGUUAACUGANAAAAUUCACUUCUUGCAUCACCAUCUCGAAUACUUCAGCAAGCAGCUAGCCUCAGAGUCGGAUGAACAUGGCGAGCGCUUCCAUCAAGUGGCAAUGCCAAUGGAAACGCGAUAUAAAGGCAAAAGGCUCGAUUCGCUGGUGGCUGAAAUUUGUUGGUGGUCGCAAAAGACGUACGAUCCCGACAAUGAAGAUGAAGAAGAAGAAUAUACAAUGGGAGUUUCCUCCGAGGAUGAAGACAGAUCCUCAUCCGAUACAGACUCUGAACAAGUGGGCGAACCACCACGCAUGAAAGUAAAGGGCGCAAACAAACGAAAAUAA